UAGGAAAAUUAACAAAUACCGGUAGGUGUAAUAGUCACAUAGUUACAGUCUGAUUGAUUCACAUUGACGAUACCAUACCAGGUUUGUAAUAGUGUUAUAUCACCACCCUGACGAUGAAACAGAAACAAGGUACAUAUGUAGUGUUAUCAUUUCCUAGAUGUGAUAUGGGUAAUUUAUUACAGUAUUACAUUCCCCAGCUUAAUCAUCAACUUCCUCUGGACCUCAACAUAUCUAUACUGUAAGGGAAUGUAUUAAUUGGAAGAGUUUACAAAGUUUAAAUGGCAAAUAGCCAAUGAAUCUGGACAAAGCGUAUAAUAGUGUGUAACAAGCAUUGAUUUUCAUUAGUCUACAUAAACAGGAGAAGCUGGCAGGCAUAUGGCUAUUUGUAUCAUUCAGAAGGCGACUGUCUAUAUGGUUAGUUUUACAGGACACUUAAUACUGGUGGAAAAUUUUUAAUUGUACAUUGUUAUACAUAACAGUAAGCUGGUAUCAGGAUUUUAUUUUAAGAUUAAUUUCUCCAGGUGUAAAAUCAGUGAUAAAAUGGAAUUUGAUUCAGUUCAACAAUGGUUGUUUGAUUUAGAAGACAGAACAGAAACAGAAUGUAUGAGUGUUCUACAAGGAAAGCCUUUACAUACUGAUGGAAGAAACAAUUUUAAAACAACACAGUCUAUUAACUGGAAAGGAGGAAUAGAUGAUAUAUCAAAGCAAGCUGUUUCAAUAACACAACAAUUUGAUUUAUUAUUCAAGUGUUCAGAUGAUGAAAGAUGGGAGGAGCUUCAUCAGUUAUCAGGUCAUGUGACUUGUCAAAUAAGAACAUUGAUUCAAUCUUCUCAUCAAGCUAUUCCACAAUCAACACUUUCUAUUCUUCAGCAGCAAGAACAAGUGAUAGGAGAAUGUGCUAAACUAGCGCAAAAAGUUGAAAGUUUUAAUUCUAGAUUAUGUAAGAUGCCUUUAAUAAAUCAGAUGACAUGCUUAGAACAGUCUUUUACACAUCUUAUACACCUCAUUAUCACUCAUUUAAUAAAGUUAAUGGUAAAAGAUCUACAAGUAGAAAGAAAUAGUGCAAUAAAUUUACAGAAUUCUAUGAGUAGUAUUAUUAGUUUAUCAUUGGAAGGCGAAAACUGGUGUCAGUUAAUAUCUCAUGCCGGUGGUGUAAAGUCAUUACUCAAUGUAUGUGUAUGUGAAUCUGUCAAGUUUGCUCAUGUCCAAUCGUUACGAGCACUAUCAUCAAUUUGUUGUUUACCAGAAAUUAUAGCUGAAUUAGAAAAGGAAGGUGGUUUAUGUGUAUUAUUAGAUAUAUUAUGUGAUGAUUUACAACCAGAAUGUGUGAAAGGUGAAGCAGCAGGAGUAUUGGCUCAGAUUACCUCCCCUGCUAUAGAACAUAAUCAUUUUAUAGGUGGAUUAAUGGAUAAUCUACAAGAUUUAGUUAAUUCCCUGAUGGGAUUAUGUUGUCAAACAGAAAGUCAAGAAAUAUUUCUGUUAUCAACUGCUGCUGUGGCUAAUUUAACCUUUAUAGAUUCUAUGGCUUGUGAAUAUUUAGCUGGUAUAUGUGCUCCUGAUAUAUUAGUAUCAUCUACCUCAACGUAUAAAUCACAAUCAUUAUUCUCUAAAGAUCAGAUAGCAACUAUAUUAGCUAAUAUGGCUGCAUGUGAUGAUUUUCAUCUUUCUAUUACACGACCUGGUGGAAUAAAUCUUCUUAUAGAUUUCUUACAUAUAUCACCAUCUUUAUACGACACAGAGACAGAAAUAGCCGCCUGUGAACGUGUUUUACAGAAGGCAGCUAUAGCGUUAACCAGAUUAUGUCGUGAAGAAAAAAAUGCACAAGAGAUACUGAGAUUAAAAGGUGUACCUAGAUUAGUUGAAUUAUGUCGUAAUGCUGAGGAACGUUGUCAUAGUGAUGCUGUUUUAGUGGCCAGUCUGGCUGCUUUACGUAAAGUAUGUAUGACAUGUGGGAACGAUAGUAUGGCUACAUUAGAUGUUAAACAAUUAAUAACACCCAAAUUGAUGGACUCAUUCGUAAUGUGUUCACAUAGUGAUGAAAACUUUGUGUGAUGUGCUUUCAUAGUGAUGGAAAUAUUUUUGGGGUUUAAUGUCCUCAGAUUGUGAGAGCUGUGUGAUGUGAUUAAAAUUUGACAAAAACUUGUGAUGUUCUCAGAUAGUGAUGAAAAACUUUGUGAUGUGCUAAGUGUCCUGGGUGGGAUGCAAUGUUUUUGUAGUGAUGAAAACUUUUAGUGUGCUCUGACUAAUUAAACCAACAGGAAGAAAUGAAUGUUCUGAUUAUCAGGCACUCCGAGUUACCAGAGAAUAGUAGCUGUUGUUAUUACAGUUGAACCAGAAAUAUAUUAAAUUGUACUAUGAUAAUCUGUAAUCUACUGUAGUAUAUUAAUUGAUGCCUUCCGUGUGAUAAACGUCUAUUGUCCAUGUUUUUUUUUUUACGAACAUAAAAUAUAUGCUCAAGUGCUAUUUAUUAAGCUCAAAGUAUACACAAUGUAAUAAUGUUUAAAGCUUUAUUUUAUAUAGUUUUGUAUUUUAUUGUAUAUUAUACAACUGACAUAUUUUAUUUUAAUGCUUGAAUUUAUUCCAAUCUUCUGUGAAAAUUUUUCUCACAACAUUUAAACGUUGGAAUAUUUUAAUCUGUAAAUACACAGGAUCCUUUAUGUACACUGCUGAUUGUAUUUUGGAAAAGUGUGAAAUAAUUCGAUUGGUUCUGCUUGACUCACACCUAGAUUUGAACCUAAUACUGACUUGUGUGAUUUGAGUCUAUUAACUGCUUUUUGAAUUGAUGAAACACUAAGUAUGUUUUCUUUAAGCUGUCUUGAAUUAUAUGUCAAUGAUCAGCUGUUAUAACUUAUAUAUACAGGCACUUGCAAAAUGGAAAAUCUCUUUCAAAGGUCCAUUACCAUAUUCUUAUAAGGGAGAUAAUUAAAUUCAGGGGUAAAUAACUUGUCUGAAUCUUUAUACUUGGUCAGUAUGUAAAUAGUAUUUAAAAGAGAUUUUCCAUUUCAAAAGGCAUGAUAUUUUUAUACUUGAGAUUUUAAUUGCUGCAAUAUUUAUUCAGGGCAUAUAAACUGAUAUUGUUUACAAGAGAUUGAUCUUGAUAUGAUAUUUAUUUUUAGAUUUUAUUUAUUAUUUAUUGUAUUU